AUGUCAGAAUCAAACCUAUCAAAGGGCGAUUUGAAAGAACAUUGCCAUGCGGUUGGUGUCUCUACUAAAGAAGUUGGUAAAACAAGUGUGGGAAAUUGUGAUGUCGAUGAACAUGAGGAUCAUAUGGAGGGGGUAGAUGAAUUUGAUAUUGAUCCAGUAGCAAAAUCUUUAAAGAAAUUAGUGUAUAAAUCGAUAGGGAAAUUUAAACAACUACCAGUACCGGUGUUUCAAAAUGAUGUUGAAGACCAAGAUAAUACUCAUAUACAUACUGAAGAAUGUACAAACCAAAACAAAUGUCAUUAUCAUAAGAUAGGAGUUGAUUAUCCAUUAGAAAACUUGGUAUUAUCUGAAUUUAAAAAAUUGGGCGAUGUGAUAUCAAACCCUAACGAUAGGCUUAACUCAGUGGCUAUGCAACCAACUUGCAAGUUUGAAAAAUCACGAGAUCUACACGAGUAUGAUUCGUUACGAACAAUAGAGACAGAACUCGAUUUUGUUAAAGAAUCAAGAACUUCAUCUGACAUUUUGACAGAGGGGUAUGGUUGGGAAGUUGCAGCAGCAUUACUGAAUACACAGGACAAUUGGCUUAAAGAAAAGGAUACAUUAAUUGAAAAGGCUAAAAACUUAGCUGAAGUAAAGAAGAAUAAGCGCCAAAAAACUUCUGGUUGGGCUGAAAAUCGGGAUUUUUUAUUCCAAAAACCAAUUAAUCAAGAAAAGGCUCAGAAUUCUUACCAGAGUUAUCAUGGGUAUAGACAUUAUGCAAACAACUGCUCCUCUGACCCCACCGAGAUACUAGAUACCAGCAAGAGCACAACUUCAACUACAGAUCAAAAGG